CCAGUAUUAGUCGUCAUACGAGUGAUCGUGAAGAGAGAGCAGGAUCGACAAAAGGUAUACCUCUAGCCAGGCUCUAAAUACAAGAAAAAUCUGUGAUCUUGAAGAUCGAGACGAAAAGUGACUUCAUCCAGCCACGAUCGCCCGGGGGAAAAGUCCGAGUCUUCAUCAGCGCUGUUUCUGGAGGUCUCAUCUGCGUGUUGCUGAAGGAGCGAGAUGCCGCCGAAGAGAGACAAGCGAAAGGGUGGCGGGGCGACGGGAGGCAACAACGGGACGGGAGGAGGAGGUGCGGGUGGCGUCGGUCGCAGAAUGACCAGGGGCCAUAACGCCUCUUCCUCGGCAGGAGCCGGGGCCAACAGUGGAGUUCCGUCUUCGGGUGGCGCGGGUUCGAAACGCGUCUCGACGACGCCCAAACCGAGCGACGGCAGCGGGAGAAACACGAACAACAGCCGCGGAAAGAGGCGAUUGGCCGCCAGCCGCACGCCGGCGGCAACCGUCAAGCGGGUGACUGGAAAGCGAGUCAUGACGCGGAACAAGAAGGAGAAAGAGUUGACUAGUUUCAAGGACGAGAACGGGGAGGUGUACAAGGCGGGAGAUUUUGCCUAUGUUGACAGCCAACAGCCUGACCUACCACACCAUAUCUGCAUCAUUAGGGACUUCAAGCUUGAUCGGAAGGACUCGGUAGUGGCGGAGGUGAAGUGGUUCUACCGAGUGUCAGAACUUCCCGAGUCUGUCUACCACCUUCUGAUGCAAGACAGACGAAGCGGUUGGUGGACAUUUUCUGUCAACUUUCUCUCUCUCUCUCACUGUCUCCCCACUCCCUCCCUAAUAAUUACCCCUCUCUGUCAACUAUGUGGUUGUUUUGUCUCGGCAGAGCCAAUGAAAACAUAAACUCUAACCCAAACAUCUUCAAUGGCAAUUUCUGGACGUCUCGUUUUACUGCACUUAGCUCACCUUCCCCAUCCAAUCAGAGAGGGAGCAAAAUAAAACAAUUUCUACAUUUGCAGAUUGUUUUCGCACGUAAAAUUUCACAGAGAAAAAUUUUAUGGAUGGCUCUCAAAAAUACCUCUUAUUUUAUAUGUUUCCAGCUGUAUGUUAACGUGUGUAUACUGUUUGCCUGUGUGUUUGUGAGUGUAACAGAUAUACCGGAGUGAGAUGA